AUGUACAAGGCUUUGGAGCGGAUCACCCUGGGUCGACUUAUUGAGCACUGCGAAGAAACAACGUGCAACGAGCAACCUGGCUGCUGUGCUGGCCGAUCUGUGAUUGACCAGAUGUUCAUCGUUAGGAGAGUGAUCGAUAUCUGGCAGCGUUACUCGAAGCCAAUGCAAUCAGUCUUUCCGGAUUUUGAAGCCAUUUUUGACUCUCCUCAUCGAGUCCGUCUUCUCAAGUACCAAGAAUACAUAGUUUUAGCACAUGCAAGGUGCCUCUUGACUGGUCUCGAGUACACCAACGAUGUUGUUAUAUUCGCGGAAAGCAGUACGAAACUUCAACAUUUUGUCAAUAUUGUUUUGAAGUCCCCCAGAACGGUUUACCGCUUCAUAGUAGCGUGGAGGUUACUCUGGGCUGUCGAACUGCGAUGCACAGCGGAGGUUGGGCGACGACCUGUGGUGAAAGCUAAGGUAGCCUUGGCAGGGCUGCCUAGUUUGAAGAAAAGUCUUUUUGCCACUCCAGCAUAUUCACUGCCUCAGUACCCUGCCCACUGGGCCCCGCCGUCUCAGACGUCGGACGGUAUGGCGGCCGGCGAUACACGCACGACUCGCCAUGGAGACUGUCUCAGACUGUGUACUUACAACGCGAGAACAGUUUCCACAGAUGCUGAUCUGCAUGCCCUUCUCGGAGCUGCAGAGCGUAUCAAAUUCUACGUGAUUGUUCUGCAGGAGACCAAGUGCAGAAGGAGCGACGUACGACAGAUGAAUGGCGGUACACUCGUCAUUCGUGGAGGGAAGGUUCCGUCGCGAAAUGUAGGCGGGGUUGGUUUUGGUGAGCACCCAUCUGUCGUCCAUCUUGUCGAUUCCCACGAGAUCCUGUCACCUCAUCUGGCCAUUCUUCGCCUCCGCCGUCUGCGCCAAAAACCCAUCAGUAUCAUCAACUGCUACUCACCAACAUCAGCAGCUGGUGAAUCCAAAUUGGGCGCGUUUUGCGAGGAGCUGGAGGAAGUGAUCCGCAACGAGAAGUCCUCCUACAAAGUCGGAGACUUCAACGGAAAACUAGGAAAGGCCACAGAAGAGGAAUACAGGAUCGGAAGAUUUGGACUAGGGGACCGGAAUGAAAAUAACAAUCGUCUCGCCGAGCUGUUGCCCGCCGCUCGCCUCUUUCAUGGGAACUCUCUUUUCAUGAAGAAAGAUCAUUGUCGGCGAACACUGGAAUCGCCCAAUGGCGCGAUUCGUGCGGAGAUCGACCACAUACUCACCAACUGGAGGUGGUUUCUACGAAGUGGUUCUGAUCACUGUCUCCUUGGUGCAAAAAUACGACUUAGCCGUACGAUGGGAACAACAUCUGCUAUCGGCAACGAAGAAGAAAAGAAGUCGUCUACGACGAUUGCAUGUUGCUCGGAGGAUUACGAGCCUGUCUUGAACGUACCUCGAAGCCGCGCACGACAAACUUGGAUCGAUUUUCGAAGAGCACCGAGGAAUUGUUGGAAAGAAGCAGGACUGAGGCUUGAUCCGAAUGCAUUGCACAUUGAGCGGCAUCUCCGUGAAUAUAAUAUUCCGCUAGCAGCCCUGCUGAGCGAAGACGGGACUCGCACGUCUUUUCGUCGUGAGAUAGAAAUCAUUACGGAGAGGUUCUACUCGAACCUUUUCCCUUCAUCAACUCCCGUGUCAAGCCCGAUCAUUCCCACUGAUGAAGCUCCACCACGGAUUCUCCCUUCGGAAGAACGAGUCGCUUUCAAGAGCAUGAAACUUGGCACAGCCCCCGGACUUGAUUUUAUAUCAGCAGACUUUCUUCGGGCUGAAAGAAAGUAUCCCAGUCCAGUGGAAAACCUUGAAAAGCAAACCGCUCUUAUCCAUAUGAAAGGUGACCGAGAAGACCUUCGGAACUACCGUCCGAUAUGUUUGCUGAGCGUGUUAUACAAAGUGUUUACCACGAUCAUCUUCACGCGCAUAUCUAGGACGCUGGAUGAAGCUCCGCCUCAAGAACAAGUCGGACUACGUCAAGGGUUCAGCAGCUUGGACCACAUCCAAACCGUAUCGAAGGUCACAUAG